ACAGCUCGUUGGCUUGCUGCUUCUCUUAUUCCACCCUACCCCCCACAACAGAGAAACGGUAACCAGGUCUGUCCCAGAACACUUUCCACGGCCGGUUAUGUCCCGAACCAUUUCCUGUGCUCUAAGCUCCGUCCAGAUCAACAGCCUUCAGUUGCAAUGUGCAAUCGGGGACUGUCCACACUAGAUGCCAAAGCAGCGCCUGGUUCUGUCUGAGCCCACCACGCUGGGCUCAGCUUGUGUGGGGGAGAAAACCUUGCUGCCACAGCAGGUGCUUUCCUGAUCUGCUCUGAGAAGCCUGGCUGAAGAGAUCGGGAACUUUGAGAGGUUUGGAUCUGCUGACUCUUUUACACAAAUUGUUUUCAAGGCAAAAGGUGUCUUUGGAGAUCAAGCGAGCUCCGCGCAUGCGUUGGUCUGUUGGGAAUUAUUGCUCUGCCUUGGACUAAGUUGCAUUCCUUGGAUCUUCGCAGAAAAGCCAAUUCUGCAGACAGAGUUAGGAAUGUGGACAGUUCACAGUCGAGAGUAUUUUGGGAUUCUCUCGUUCCCCGUGAUGUUAGCCAUGGUCUGCUGUGCGCAAAGCGUUAAUGAGCCUAGCAACAUGUCUUACGUGAAAGAGACAGUGGACAGAUUGCUCCAUGGAUACGACAUUCGCUUGAGGCCAGACUUUGGAGGUGCUCCUGUUGAUGUCGGGAUGAGGAUAGACAUUGCCAAUAUAGACAUGGUCUCAGAGGUCAACAUGGUGAGUACACGCUCUGAAUUAAACCAGAGCUCUGAAAUUGGCACAUGUUGUGUCUGCCCCUUAGAGUUCAGUUGGGGGGGGGUGUCUCAGACUCGCAUCUGUGCAGCUUUUUUCUUUCAUGCCAGAACAAGGGACGAUGAGCGGAGAGUUAAACACGCUGAGUGCUCUGUGGAGACGAGCUGUUGA